GUUUCCCUGCACAAGCGGGAGCGCAGGCUCCUGUGAGGCGUGAGCUGGGAAAGGAAAGCCCCGCUCAGAGCGAGGAGGGAGAGCGGAUCACCCUGGCCUCAGGAUCGGAGCACCACCGGCCCUAGGAAGACUGAUCUCUGGCAUUAUCCUCCUGGCAGUUGGCAUCUGGGGCAAAGUGGGCCUGGAGGUGUAUUUCUCCCUGUUAAAUGAGAAGGCCACCAAUGUCCCCUAUGUACUCAUUGGCACUGGGACUGUCGUCAUCCUCCUAGGCACUUUUGGCUGUUUCGCCACCUGCCGUGGAAGCACAUGGAUGUUAAAACUGUAUGCCAUGUUCUUGUCCCUCAUCUUCUUGAUUGUGCUGGUGGCUGCUGUUGUAGGAUUUGUUUUCAGACAUGAGAUUAAAGACAGCUUUGAGAGCAACUACAGUCUUGCUCUGAAGAACUACAAUGCAACCAUGGAUCUCCGCAGCGAAGCUGUGGAUACCAUCCAGAGAACUCUACACUGCUGUGGAGUCCAGAGCUAUUUAAAUUGGGUGAAUACGACCUAUUUUGCACAGAAUGGAAUUCCUCAUAGCUGCUGCAAGCUUCAAAACUGCUCAGACGAAGACCUGAAGGACCUGAAUAAAGCCAAGGCAGAGGUGUUUGGUAAUGGUUGUUUCAGUCUGGUAACAACAGUUAUGGAGUCCAAAAUGAGCAUUGUGGCUGGCAUCUCCUUUGGCAUCGCUUGCUUCCAGUUGGUUGGGAUCUUUCUCGCCUGCUGCCUGUCCCGGUACAUCACAAACAAUCAGUAUGAGAUGGUGUAACAAGCCAGCCUGUGACCAAGGAAAUGUCCUUUGAUCUUCCUCCUCUGGAGAGCACUUCCAGUUUUCACCUGGUCCCAGCCUGCUGAAAUCAUGUUUGAACUGACUGAUCCUCUUCAGAAUCAGCUCACGGAACUGAGCGUUAACAGCUGUUCCGCUGUAAUCGGGGACUUGUCAAAACACUAUUCUUUUGUAACACUGAAUGGGGUCAUUAUUAUAGCUGAGGUAGUUUUAAUAACUACUUUCCUUCAGGCCCCUACCACCUCAUCUCCUCUCUAGAGCACAGGCAAUUUGAUUGCACAGUGAAGUAGCAUGAUAUGACACUAAUCGCAUCCCAUUCUUAGACUCUCUGUUAGUUAUUUAGGAAGGUGGUCUCUGAUAACUGGAAUUUACUGUUAGUUUUGGAGGUGUGUAGUAUGCAUUAAGAACGAAGUACUCUUUGCUUUCUCUCUUGUGCAGUUGGCCAUUUAAAUUAUAUUAUGCAACUCAGACUCUCUCACUGAUCAUUGAAACACCUACUAGUCCUAUCAUGCUAUUCAGCCACACUGCCAUGUUUGUUUGAGGCUCUGUGUUCAACAGCAUCUGUUUCCAGGUUCUUUUCCCCAAUCAAGGGUUUUAUAUCACUUUUUUAUAAUGGUAUUUUUUACCUUGUUCCUCUCUCCUGAUCAGGUUGUAGUGAUCUUUUGUAAGUUGUAGCGUGAGGUUUGGUGGUGUAGCUGUCUGGCCCAUAGUUUUGUAGCUAUGCCUCCACCAUGUUGGGCAUGUUUUCAUUGUCAGUAUUAUGUGCUGCUUUAAUUGUGUUGUGUAUUAAAUAGAAAUCUUGUUUUGAAACACAAUAAAUAUUAAAUAUUUUACUCCUAAA